AUGCCACCGAAGGGACAAAUCGCCGGCCGCGGAUCGCGCGCUCCACAGCCAAAGAGCUUUGCGCGAACGGCUUAUGAAGAGCUGACCAGCGCAGAGAACAGACAAGUACUCACUGCUCUGGGUGUCUUUGUGGCCGGCGUCGCAUUCUUCCACUCGAGUCUCGGUGAGAUCAUUUUGCCGCCUUAG